GGCGGGGGUGAUGGCCCUGGGUGUCGCCGCCGCCGCCGCCGCAGCAGGAACCGAAGUCGCCGCCGCUGCUGUCUCCUGGAUAGCCGGCUUCCCGCGCGGUGGCUCGGCCGGAGCCCGCAGCCAUGGAGGAGUUCAUCGUGAUCUCGGACGACAGCGGCUCCGAGAGCUCCGGGGGGGCCCGGUCGGGCCGGGCGCGGAGGCUCCGUCGGGCCGUGUCCCGAACCACCAGCGCGCUGCCCCGCCGGACCGUGGACUUCAUUGACUUAACUAAAGAAACCAGACCAAGGGCAAAGGAUCACAGUGGACUCUGUGUGAUCGACCUGACAAGAACUGACGAGGAGACUAGGCCUAUUGCCACCCUUGACUUGACUGUAGAACCUGUUGCUCCUUCUCAGAAGGAGCCCACAGGUGUUCAGACAUGUGUCAGCCUCUCCAGCAAAGAGGUGAUGGAUGGCCGGGUAGACCGAAGCUCUUGGCCUGUUGCACAGAGAAUCAUUAACAGUGAUCCUGUGGAUCUGGACCUGCUGGAAGAGACCACAUGUGAAGGUCCCCAACCUCCCACAUCCAUCAGUGGAGGCUCUGUUUAUCCAGUGGAGCCGAGCUGUAGCUCAACAACAUUUAAAGGUGACCUUGGCUUCUUGGCAAGCCUACAGCUGACUUCAGAUGUUCCCUCCCUCUCCCCAACAGGCAAUAAUGGUAGCAGCAACAAUCAAAGGGCACCACUGCCAUGCCCAUUGCAAACCUCGCCAUGCCCACCACGAGCCUCUUCAUGCCCACCACAAGCCUUGUCAUGCCCACUACAAACCAUGCAGUGCCGACUAGAAACCUUGCCUCACCCACCUCAAGAGAUGCCAUGCCUUCCUCGAGAUGUGCCAUGUCCUUCUCGAAUGGUGCCAUGCCCUCCUCAAGGCAUGCCGUGCCUUCCUCGAGAUGUGCCAUGUCCUCCUCAAAGUGUGCCAGGCCCUCCUCUAGCAGCACCAUGCCCUCCUCAAGAUGUGCCAGGACCUCCUCUAGCUGCGCCAUGCCCUCCUCACGGUGUGCCAUGCCCUCCUCUACCUGUGCCAUGCCUUUCUCGAGAUGUGCCAUGUCCUCCUCUAGCUGUGCCAUGCCUUUCUCACGGUGUGCCAUGUCCUCCUCUAGCUGUGCCACGUCUUCCUCGAGAUGUUCCACGUCCGCCUCAAGGUGUGCCAUGCCUUCCUCAAGGUGUGCCAUGCCAUCCACAAGCUGUGCCAUGCCCUCCUCAAGGUGUGCCAUAUCCUCCUCAAGGUGUGCCAUGCCUUCCUCAAGGUAUGCCAUACGGUCCUCAAGCUGUGCCAUGCCAUCCACAAGGUGUGCCAUCCCUUCCUCAAGCUGUGCCAUGCCCUCAGCAGAAUAUGCCAAGCCCACCUCAAAACUCAUCAUGGCCUCCUCAACACUCACCAAGCCCACCUCAAGAUUCACUCUGCCUAUGUCAGGACUUAUUGUUUCCACCUCAAGACUCAUCACGCCCACCUCAGGACUCCCUGGGCCUACCUCACAAUGUACCUGGCCCACCUCAAAGCAGAUCCUAUCCACAAGAUGUGACAUACCUGCGAGAUAUGCCACAGUCACUGCAAGAUGUGCCACAGUCAUCAGGAGACAUGCCACAUUCACCUAGAGGUAUGCCACACUCACCUAGAGAUAUGCCACACUUACCAGGAGAUGUGCCACUCUUGCCUGGAGACGUGACACACUCACCUGAAAAUGUGCUACACUCCCCUGGAGAUGUGCCACACUCACUUAGAGACCUGCCUGGCUUACCACAGGACAAGCGUAACCCUCCCCAGAAUGACAUACAGAGCCGUGACACCCCAAUGGAUAUUUCCGCUCCAUCCUCACAGAGCUGCUCUCCCAGUCCACAGUCUUCACAGUGUGAAACUCCUUUGGAGAAAGUUCCUUGGCUCUCUGUCCUUGAAACCCCAACCAGAAGAGAGAUAUCACUAUCAGAGCCCGCCAACCCCGAGCUUGCCCAGGUACAAGCACCAACCCCACGAGGUGGGUUGUCCAACAGACCAUGCCUGCAUAGACUGAAGUACUUCUUGCGACCUCCAGUGCAUCACCUCUUCUUCCAGACACUAAUACCAGAUAAAGACUCAAGAGAGAACAUGGGUCGAAAAUUAGAGCCCAUCCCUCAUCGAAGACUAAGAAUGGUGACAAACACCAUUGAAGAAAAUUUUCCCUUGGGAACUGUGCAGUUUUUGAUGGACUUUGUAUCACCCCAGCAUUACCCACCUGGAGAAAUUGUAGCUCACAUCAUCCAGAAAAUCCUGCUGAGUAGCUGUGAGACCGUGGAUGUCCUAAAGGAGGCCUACAUGCUUCUCAUGAAAAUUCAACAGCUACAUCCAGCCAACGCCAAGACAGUGGAGUGGGACUGGAAGCUGCUUACCUAUGUCAUGGAGGAAGAGGGACAGAAUCUGUCUGGGCGAGUCCUUUUUCUGCGUUAUGUGGUACAGACCCUGGAAGAUGACUUCCAGCAGAUCCUGAGGAGGCAACGACAGCACCUUCAGCAAUCCAUUGCAAGCACCAUGUUGUCCUGUGACAAGCAGCCCCACAACGUCAGGGAUGUUAUCAAGUGGCUGGUCAAAGCAGUAACUGAAGAUAGAUGGACUCAGCUCGCCAAUGGGAAUCAAACCCCUUCAGAAACAGGAACCUUGAAGGCCAACAGUAGCAACCCUUCUCCCCAGCCUAACCUGACAAAGAACAGCAAUCAGCUGAUUGUAUGCCAGCUGCAGAGGAUGUUGUCCAUAGCUGUGGAGGUGGACAGGACCCCCACCUGCAGCUCCAGUAAAAUUGCUGAGAUGAUGUUUGGGUUUGUGCUGGAUAUUCCUGAGAGGAGUCAGAGAGAGAUGUUCUUUACCACCAUGGAGAGCCACCUCCUGCGCUGCAAGGUGUUAGAGAUCAUAUUCCUGCACAGCUGCGAGACGCCCACCUGCCUGCCCUUGUCUCUGGCCCAGGCCCUCUAUUUUCUGAACAAUUCCACGUCAUUGCUCAAGUGCCAGUCAGAUAAAACCCAGUGGCAAACUUGGGAUGAGCUGGUUGAGCAUCUGCAGUUCCUAUUGUCCAGUUAUCAGCAUGUUUUAAGAGAACACUUACGGAGUUCAGUAAUCGAUCGAAAAGACUUAAUAAUAAAAAAGAUUAAGCCCAAGCCCCAGCAGGGAGAUGACAUCACAGUGGUGGACGUGGAGAAGCAGAUUGAGACCUUCCGUGGCCGUCUGAUCCAGAUGCUGGGAGAGCCACUCGUCCCGCAGCUCCAAGACAAAGUGCACUUGCUGAAGCUCCUGCUCUUCUACGCCGCAGACUUGAACCCCGAUGCAGAGGCCUCUGCAAAGGGCUGGAGCAAACCCUGAGGUCUUUCUAAGCACUGGACACCAAGAAUACCUCCUGAACUCUGUCUCCUUGCAAGUUCCGAAAGUACAAAAAGUAGUUGAAAACCUUACAGGACCAAACCUAUUUUAUCUGUAGGUUUUAAUAACUUUCUAACACUAGGAAAUAUCUUUUGAUAAUCCAAUCCUAGCCUGUUCUAAAAUAUGGCUUAAAUAUACAAGGUGUAUAUAUAUUUUUUAAUAAAUUAUUUAUCUAUACUUUUUUUGAAACAGGUAAUACUAUAUACACUAUAUGUUUAACAUUUCCAUUCAAGAUGUGAAAAAAUAAUCCCUCUCUGAACAAAUUCUAGACAUCAAGUUUAUGUCAUUCGAGGUACUGACGACCUGUUCCUGGAGAGGACAUAUGACUAUUCAUUUCUCCCUAAUGGAACACACAUAUCCCAUAUUAUUAGACCUAUUAUACUGUCUAUGCAUUUGAUUUUGUGGUCAGUCAUAAGAUCUAAUGUAAUUGAGGUGAGGGGGGUAAAGGACUGAAUUUGUUACAAAUAAUUUGAUGUUGAAAGGAUACAAUAAAAAGGCAAUGGUUUUUCAAAACACCAGGUUUACCAUGCUUAGGUUCCAUGACUAAGUAGGCAGAAUGUGACAGCUCUUUUUCCAAGAACAAAAAAAAAAAACAAAAACGCUGGCCACAUUUGAGAAAGUAGUAAGGACUUUUA